CUCGCGUCCAGCGGGAGGAAGCCCUCACGGGAGGGAGGCGCCCUCCCGUCCCGAGCCCGGCCCGUCUUCCUCCCCCUCCGGCCGCCAAUGGAGUGAGCCGAGCAGCGGUGAGGGCCUCCCCGUCACAGACCCAGCAAAGAGCCGAUCUCAGGGACUGUGUGUGUCUUCUGAGCGUCUGCUGUCACAUGAGCUGAGGUGGUCAAAGCCUAAGGUACAGACCAGUGUGUGAGCGGCCAGUGGGUCCUGGACUCGGUGAGGGAGGAUGGAGAGCAGACCCUCCAGCGAGAGGCUCAGGAGCCCGCCCACCUUGAGGCAGAUGGACGACCGGUCCCAGUCCGGGAGAGCGCCCGGCUGCUGCUCCCUCCGCCUCGGGCUGGCCCUCCUCCUGCACUUCUGCAACGUGUCCAUGAUGUCCCAGCGCGCCUGCCUCAGCCUCACCAUGGUCGCCAUGGUGAACGGCACAGGCCCCCAGGAGCUGCCCAAUGCCUCCACCCCGGAGCCCCUGGACGACCCCAGGAACCCCGUGUACAACUGGAGCCCCCGAACCCAGGGCAUCGUCUUGAGCUCCAGCACGUACGGGAUGCUCCUCAGCCAGGUGCCCGUCGGCUAUCUGUCCGGGAUCUACCCCGUGAAGAACAUGGUCGGCUCUGCCCUGCUGCUCAGCUCCCUGCUCAGCCUGCUCGUGCCGCUGGCGGCCGGGGUGGGGGCAUCGGCGGUCAUCGCCUGCCGCGUGGCCCAGGGCCUCAGCCAGGGGACGGUGCUGGUUGCUCAGCACACGGUCUGGACCAAGUGGGCGCCUCUGUCGGAACGAGGCCGGCUGACCUCGCUGAGUCUCUCAGGGCUGAUGCUGGGACCCUCCCUGGCGCUGUGUGUGACCGGGCUCAUCUGCCAGGCCCUGGGCUGGCCCAUGGUCUUCUACGUCUUUGGGGCCGGCGGCUGCGCCCUGAGCCUCUGCUGGUUCCUGCUGUUUCACGACGACCCCAAGGGCCACCCGUGCAUCAGCCCCGGUGAGAAGGAGCUCAUCGCGUCCUCCCUCGUCGAGCAGGUCGGCUCCGCGGGAAAAUCCGUGCCCAUCCGGGCCGUGCUCAAGUCUCUGCCGGUCUGGGCCAUUUCCCUCGGCUGCUUUGCUUUCUCCUGGACAAAUCAUGUCAUGUUUUUGUACUUGCCGACAUUCAUCAGCUCCAAGCUCCACGUUAACGUGAGAGAGAACGGGCUGCUGUCCGCCCUCCCCCAUCUGUUCUGCUGGCUCCUGGGCAUCCUCGCGGGGCACGUGUCCGACGGCUUCCUGUCCAGAAAGAUGCUCAGCGUGCUCGCUGUCCGAAAGCUCUUCACCGCGCUGGGCCUCCUCCUGCCUGCCGUCUUCGUGGUGAGCCUGCUCUACCUGGGCCCCAGCUUCCAGGGCACCGUCACAUGCCUCACGCUGGCCAGCGCCACCCUGGGCUUCUGCGUCGCCGGGAUAGUGAUCAACCCCCUGGACAUCGCCCCCAGGUAUUACGGGUUUCUGAAGGGAGUCACGGUUCUCAUCGGAAUGACCGGGGGACUCAUCUCGUCCACGCUGGCGGGGAUAGUCCUCGAUCAGGUAAGAAGGGGAUCCUGCCAGCCCGGGGGGGGGCGCUCCGUGUUCAUCAUCCACCACCAGACGCUCGGAGAAGCACGGGGUCCGGGGGAGGGUGGGGGGGAGGGAGGGUGUCACAGAGCCAGGCCCUCAGGACCGGAUGCUCAGAGGCACCGGAAACGCAGCUGAGGUGCACGGACAGAAAAGAGAGGGUCGAAACUGCAAACACGAAAAGUGAGAUUUUAUCCACAAAAAUACACCAAGGUCACCUCUGGCCGUGACAGAUGGAACACUGACGUCAGGCCUUCCGACGAGCUGCGGCCAAACGGAGAAGGAGAGGCAGAUCCGGUGUCUGUCUGUCUGUCUGGGGGGAGCGGGGGGAUGCUGACCUCCGGCUCCUCCCUCCGCCCAUGUGGUGAGGAGGCCUGCGUGGAGCCCGCCUGCGUGUUCACGUUUAAACGCUGCGGACGCGGCCAUGCGCCCGACCACGCGUCUGCCUUUGCACUUGCAUCCCGCAGGCCCCGGAGGCCGCCUGGGCCACCAUCUUCUUCCUCAUGGCGGCCGUCAACGUGAGCAGCCUCCUCUUCUACCUGGUCUUCGCCGCGGCCGACGUGCAGGCCUGGGCCCAGGAGAAGAAGCUCACCCGCCUCUGAGGGUGA